AUGCCCUUUCCAAUUUAUUUCAUAGCAGUUUCUGGUGCUGUAGCAAUAACAAGUGAUAUUGUGAGCAAGAUUGUAGCAGUAGAGUUUGAGGUUGGUGGAAGCCGUAUAAGAAUCAGGGGAAUGGCAAAAGGUUCCAGAAUGAUCCACCAAAACAUGGGAACACUUCUUGGUGUUGCUGUGAAUCGAAGUUUCAACCACAUUAUUGUAGAUGGGGAUACUAGCACCAAUGAUACCAUUAUUGCUUUGGCUAGUGGUUUAUCUGGAUCAAAGAGGAUAUCAUCAUUACACAGUUCUGAAGGAAACCAACUACAAAUGUGCCUUGAUGCAGUAAUGCAAGUGCUUGUCAAAUCAAUAGCAUGGGAUGGAGAAGGGGCAACAUGUCUGAUAGAGGUCUUUAGGCCCGGGCAAUCUUGAUAAAUGUUAGUCAAGCAAAUGCAACCACGUGGGAUGCAGGUUACCAAGAUGUAAUAGACUGCUCAUAUGCCCUUUCCAGUGUAUGUAAAGUGUAAACCUCAUUGUGUUCAUUUACGUCAUUUUACAUCACGGGUAACAUAAAAGCCAAUUUUGGUGUACAUGUCCAAGGUUGAUGGGAUGUUCAAUUUUAGCCCCAUCAGUGUUAACUUUCUGACAGAAGUUGCAAAAGUUAUCUUUGCACUUGUCAUGCUUCUAAUACAUGCUAGAAAUCCAGAAGAUUGGAGAGAAGCCACUUCUUUCUGUCUCUAGCUUUGUACAAGCAGCUCGCAACAAUGUGCUUCUUUUUGUUCCAGUAUUCCUCUAUGCU